AUGGCCGCCGCAAUGGGCCCCUGCCUUCGCUGCGGCGACAUCACCCCAAAUCUAUGCUUUGUCUGCGACAACGAGUUCUUCUGCCAGGAGAGGUGCGCCGGGCUGUCCACUGAGGACCACAAGAGCAGGUGCCACUCCGACAGAGAGGAUCUGGAGACAUCUGCACACGAACUAGUGUACUACGCCACGCAUUUUGCCAAUUUCUCGAUACCGUAUAACGGACCGAUGGAGUUCUACUCAGAUUUCCGAGUCGCCGUUAUGAGAGAAUGCGGCGAAGAGAGCAAUCUGUACGACACCAUCCGCUUCGUCUGCGAGGAGAAGAGGGAUAGUGAGGAAAACAUCAGGGACGAAACCAUGGCAUCGCCCGAGCUGAUCGACAGGUGGCGCAAGAACAAGGUGCUCGGAACGAAGCUGGCCGGAAUCUUCACGCUGAUCCCCGUUCCCACCAACGGCGUGCACCCCCUUUCAUCCCCUUACGACAUGCGCCUGCUGGCCCUCCGCCACUGGGUCGAGAUGAAUUACGCUUUCCUGAAUGGCAAGAGCGAUCUUUACUGGAUCCUCAUGCCGAUGGAUACUGAGGGCACGGAGGAGGAUUAUGGUACUCAGCUUGAAGCAAAGCAGAGGUUUAUCUGCCGCAAGCAGGGCUACCCCGUCUGA